UGAGGACGUAGCCGCUACUCUUAUAAAUGACAAGGUGAACAGCUCACGUCUCCUACGUUCAUAGACUACAGCUGAGUGCGAGUUCAGCCAUCCAGGACCCUCCCAAAUCCCAACUAACCGGUUCCAGCCAUGUAUGCCUGUGCUAAGUUUGUCACUUCUCCUGCUGUGCUGCGUGGGGGGUCCAGAGUACUUGCCCGGCCAGUCUCAGCCUCCAUUUUGAACAGACCCGAAGCCACAGUGGAGCAGCAGGCUCUGUUGCCAGUAAGUCCGUCAGCACUUGUGACCCGCUCCUUCCAGACCAGCUCGGUCUCUCGGGACAUAGAUACCGCUGCCAAGUUCAUUGGUGCUGGUGCUGCCACAGUGGGUGUUGCUGGUUCUGGAGCCGGAAUUGGAACAGUGUUUGGUAGCCUGAUCAUUGGCUAUGCCAGGAAUCCCUCCCUGAAGCAGCAGCUCUUCUCCUACGCCAUCCUGGGCUUUGCUCUGUCUGAGGCUAUGGGUCUCUUCUGUCUGAUGGUGGCAUUCCUUAUCCUGUUUGCCAUGUAAAUGUUCCCCUUCACACCCUUCUGUCUCCUCUCCUUCCAAACUACCUUCCCUCCAGCCCGGGGGAGAGGGUGUUCCACAACAGGAACUUUAAAAGAGCUGACAGGCCAUUCCAAGCAACAGAAGAAAAUUCAAUCGUACGUCUGAGGUUGGGAGACCUCGAUAUACAUUUUAUGUUCCAUACACUUUUUCUGCAAGUUUAAAUAAAUGGUUGGAGGUGAA